CGCUGCCCUCUUGGGGCGCUUAGCCAACCUGGGAAAAGGAAGUCGCCUCGGAGGGCAGGGUAGCUGCUGAGGCCGCUGCACACGCUGCCUGCCGGCUCCAAGAUGCAGUAUCUAGACUCCAAGGAGCUCCUGACGGAUGAAGAGGAUGAUGUUUUUUGUGAAGGACUGCCAGCCAGACUCCCAGAAAUCAUGUUGGUAGGAUCCCAGUCCUUCUCGCCUGGAGGGCCCAAUGGGAUCAUCCGGAGCCAGUCCUUUGCGGGGUUCAGUGGCCUUCAGGAGAGGCGAUCCAGAUGUAACUCCUUCAUUGAAAAUCCCUCUGCUCUCAAGAAGCCUCAGGCCAAACUGAAGAAAAUGCACAAUUUAGGAUACAAAAACAGCAGCCCUCCCAAAGAGCCUCAGCCUAAAAGGGUGGAAGAGGUCUACAGGGCUUUGAAAAAUGGACUUGAUGAGUAUCUGGAGGUUCACCAGACAGAGCUGGACAAGUUGACAGCUCAGUUAAAAGAUAUGAGAAGAAACUCUCGCCUGGGUGUGCUGUAUGACCUAGACAAGCAAAUUAAAACAAUUGAAAGAUACGUGAGACGCCUGGAGUUUCACAUCAGUAAGGUAGAUGAACUCUAUGAAGCUUAUUGUAUCCAAAGACGCCUCCAAGAUGGUGCCAGCAAGAUGAAGCAAGCCUUCGCAACGUCCCCUGCCAGCAAAGCUGCCCGGGAGAGCCUGUCAGAGAUCCACCGGAGCUACAAAGAGUACACAGAGAACAUGUGCACCAUUGAAGCAGAGCUGGAGAAGCAGCUGGGGGAGUUCUCCAUCAAGAUGAAAGGUCUGGCUGGUUUUGCUCGCCUCUGUCCCGGAGAUCAAUAUGAAAUUUUCAUGAAGUAUGGCCGACAGAGGUGGAAACUGAAAGGCAGAAUAGAAGUAAAUGGCAAACAGACCUGGGAUGGAGAAGAAAUGGUGUUCCUGCCCCUGAUAAUUGGAUUAAUUUCCAUCAAGGUCACAGAACUCAAAGGGCUAGCAACUCAUCUCCUGGUCGGCAGUGUGACCUGCGAGACCAAAGAGCUGUUUGCAGCACGACCUCAGGUGGUGGCUGUGGACAUCAAUGACCUUGGCACCAUCAAACUCAACCUGGAAAUCACCUGGUAUCCAUUUGACGUGGAGGACAUGACCCCAUCCUCAGGCGCUGGGAACAAGGCAGCCGCCCUCCAGAGAAGAAUGUCCAUGUACAGCCAGGGCACCCCAGAAACGCCCACCUUCAAAGACCACUCCUUCUUUUCGAAUCUACCUGAUGACAUCCUUGAAAAUGGGAAGGCAGCUGGGGAGAAAAUGCCACUGUCCCUCAGCUUCAGUGACCUGCCCAAUGGGGACUGCGCCCUCUCCCACAGCCCAGGCCGCUCUCUCCCCAGCACGUGCUCGGCAAAUCCAGAAAUCACCAUCACCCCCGCAGAGCUGAACCGCGACAGCCCCUCCUCCCAGAAUGAGGGCCUGGAUGACUCCAGCUCGGCCUCUUCCAAGAGCUCCUUGGGAGAAGGCUCGGAGCCCAGGCCCCACCGGGAGGAAGAGACCGAGGGGCUCGGGAAACCUGAGGCCUGCAGAGCAUCCGCGGGUGCCCGGACGGAGCGCCUAUUCCUGGAGAAGGGUGUCGCAGAGGCCCUUCUGCAAGAGUCUGACGAGGCCUCUGAACUCAAGCCCGUGGAACUGGACACUUUUGAAGGAAACAUCACGAAGCAGCUGGUCAAGAGGCUCACCUCGUCAGAGGUGCCGGCGGCCACCGAGAGGCUGCUCUUUGAGGGCUCUGUCAGUGGAGAGUCCGAAGGCUGUAGAUCCUUCCUAGAUGGAAGUUUAGAGGAUGCCUUUAAUGGGCUUUUCCUUGCAUUAGAACCACAUAAAGAGCAGUAUAAAGAGUUUCAGGAUCUGAACCAAGAAGUCAUGCACUUGGAUGACAUUCUAAAAUGCAAGCCAGCAGUAAGCCGAAGCAGGUCUUCCAGUUUAAGUCUUACAGUUGAAAGUGCUUUAGAAAGCUUUGAUUUUCUGAACACCUCUGAUUUUGACGAGGAGGAGGAGGAUGGUGAUGAGGUUUGUAACAUUGGAGGAGGUGCUGACUCAGUAUUUUCAGACACUGAGACUGAGAAAAAUAGUUACAGAUCAGUACACCCGGAAGCCAGGGGGCACCUCAGCGAAGCCCUGACUGAGGACACGGGAGUCGGGACUAGUGUGGCAGGAAGCCCUCUCCCACUGACCACGGGAAAUGAAAGCCUGGACCUCAGCAUCAUCAAGCACCUCCAGUACUGCACCCAACUCGUCCAGCAAAUUGUUUUCUCAAGCAAAACCCCAUUUGUGGCCAGAAACCUCUUAGAGAAGCUUUCUCGGCAAAUCCAAGUGAUGGAGAAGCUCUCGGCCGUCAGUGACGAGAACAUAGGAAGCAUCAGUUCUGUCAUCGAAGCCAUACCGGAAUUUCACAAAAAGCUGUCUUUGCUGUCAUUCUGGACCAAGUGCUGCAGCCCGGCUGGGGUCUACCACAGCUCAGCGGACAGAGUGAUUAAGCAGCUAGAAGCCAGCUUUGCCAGAACUGUCAACAGAGACUAUCCCGGACUUGCAGACCCAGUGUUUCGCACACUGGUGUCCCAGAUCCUGGACCGGGCCGAGCCCCUGCUUACCUCCAGCCUCUCCUCCGAAGUCAUCACUGUCUUCCAGUAUUACAGUUACUUUACGAGCCACGGUGUGAAUGACCUAGAGAGUUAUCUGAACCAGCUGGCCAAGCAAGUUUCCAUGGUUCAGACUCUGCAGUCACUGAGAGAUGAAAAACUGCUACAGGUCAUGAGUGACCUUGCACCCAGCAGCCUCCUGGCCCAGCAGGAAAUACUCAGGACUCUGGCUCUGCUCUUAACCGGGGAUGACAGUGGAGUUAGUGAAGCUGUGAUGCUUUACUUGGCAGCAGCCUCCAGAAACGAGCAUUUCAGGGAAAAGGCCCUGCUCUAUUACUGUGAAGCCCUAACAAAGACUGACCUCUGGCUCCAGAAGGGAGCUUGCCUGGCCCUGAAAAGCCUGAAGGCUACUGAAAGCAUUAAAAUGCUGGUGACAUUGUGUCAGUCUGAUACUGAAGAAAUCAGAAAUGUGGCCUCAGAAACUCUCUUAUCUCUUGGUGAGUUGGGAUUUUUUUUUGUUUUUUUUUUACAUGAUUGUUUAUUUCUGACACCCUCAAAGGGAAUGGUAAGGAAAAGUUUCAUGUACCUUGUUUUAGCAAUUUUUCCCCUAUAGGCUAUCGGCUCACACUUACACACGCACACACACACACACACACACACACACACACACACACAGUGUGACUGAUCAAUUUCCAUCUCACCCCAGUUCCUCGUUCUAACUACCUGGAUGUUGAGGGAGAAGGUUGCUCUCUGGAGCCUUUCUAGCUGGUUUCAUAGUCUGGGCACUAUUUGGAAUCAAGAACAUAGAAAUCAAACUAUCAAGCAGAGGUCAGAGUCAGGAAGCCAGGCUGGAUUGCCAGGUUGGGGUUGGCACUACCUGGAGGACAGUGAUGUGUUCCCCAGGAUGCCAUAAUCCCCCACGUACCACAGCCUCCCCCAGACUCUCAGGUUAACCUCUGAUUGCCCUGCGGGCCUAUUGCGCCUGAGCCCCGACACCAAAGAAAAGAGAUGAAGUAUUUAUUUUUUUCUGGAAUAUCCAAAUAACCCUUCUCCUUCACUUCACUCAAAGUAUAAAUACUAUACCCCUCAAAGUCCUCGAAUAUAAUCCGCUCAGUAAUACUAGCCGGGAAAAAGCCGCUGCCCUAGUGUGACUCUAGUAGCAGCUUAAGGAUGUAAGGAAGACUCUCAUGGCACUUAUAGUCACCGUGGCAAUCACACUCACUGUCUGGUGCUCUUUCUUAGGGUUUAAUAAGGCUUCAUUCUGCUAUUGAUAUAACAUGCAAUGCAUAGAAAUCUUAGCCAAUAUAUGUGUGUUUAAAGGAUAAAACAGUUAUUCCUCACGGCUUGCUUUAGGCAUGGAAAUUAUUUAAUUCCCUAAAAAUGUGCCCAGGGUAUUAUUAGUUUGAACUUCUUUUAUCCUUUAGUGUUCUGAAAUAACAAUGAAGGAAUAGCCAGCAACGCUGCUCUUCCCACUGUAACCUGAGGAGGCUCAUCCCUGUAGAUGAUCCAGAUCCAGUUCAGCUGCACAGACAGCCGUAUCUCCAGGGUUGGUCAUCACACCUGCUUCACCUUAACUCGUUACAGAUGUGGCUCCCCAAAGCCCCCAUAGCCCACCACACCACCGGUUCAUGAUUCUCAACACUAGAUGCCUAUUGGAAUCACCAGGGAACCUUUAAAAUACCCCCGUACCUGGGCUCCACUUCUGAUGACUCUGCUCUUGUCGGUCUGAGCUGGGCCUUAGCGCUGGGAUUAUUAAAAGCCUCCCAGGUUGAGAACCUCUGAACUCAAUGUUAUGAAUUUCCUUUGACCCUAAGGCACAAAUACUGGUGUAUUUUUAUCUCACACAGACGACUGAAUUAAUGUAGUGAAAAUAGUAUUUUUGAUGGGAAUUGGUAAAAGAUACUCUAGGCCUGAGGGUUGUCACAGGGCAUUCGAGGGGCUCCGAGCAGCCACUGUUUACCAACCAGUAUGGAAUUAUUUUGAUAUUUGAACCCAGAGCUGUCCAGUAGAUCCCUCCAUGAUGACGGGGCUGCUCUAUAUGCACUGUCCCAGACGGCAGGAAGUAUUCACAUGUGGCAGCUGAGCAGUUCAACAUGGCUGUUAUGACUGAGGAAUUAGUUUAAUUUUGAGUAGUUACCACUUAAAUGUAAGCAGCCACCUGAGGCUGGUGGCCUCUCUAUUGGACAGAGCAGUUUUCACCGCGCCUCUGGCCGUUCCAGCACGUCCCGGCUGGACCUCAGUCUUGUUUGGAACCACACUGCCUGACACCCCAAAGCUCGAGCUCUUUCUCCUCCAACACCCUGCCUACUUUACAGGGCUGUUAAACGGACUAGCAGAGGAGCCAACACAGAUCCAAGCCCCUGAAAACUGAAUCUUAGUAACAGCGAGAUGCCCUGAAACCCCGGCCCGGGUUGUGUCACUGUAAAGAAUAUUGGGUAACACGUGCCAGGCACUGUUUUGAGGGAUCUACAUGGAUUAGCUCAUUUAAUCCUCCUGAGACUCUAUGAGGGACAGUUAAUCCCAAUUUACAGAGGGGCACAGUGAGGCAUGCUAGGGUUGCAUAACUCACCCACGACACCCAGACCCGGUCAAGCACUGCAAUGGAACCCUGACCCUCUAGGGCACCUGGAUGCUGUAGGUUACUGGAGGAAGAACGGAAGACCUCUAAAUUGGAAUCUCCCUGUGAGCAAACUAGGAACUAGCCUGGUAUUAUUGGGUUUUUAAGUAGCAUUCAUUAGCCUAGGCAUCCACAGGGGUGUGUGUGAGCGGGCAGGGAGUAUGGUAUAAAUGUGCUUAAUUUAAGGGCCCUCUGUCCCUCCUCCCACUGUCAUCAGCCGGAAAGGCAUUGCUGUUCAUGUUUUAUAUUCAGGGUUUUGCAUAAAUAUUUUGUUUCAAAUAAAGGGUUCUACUCCAAAGUAAGAAAAAGUUGGAAACUAUUGAAUCAGGGAAAAAAUAACGUUUGCCUCAGAAAAGUCAAGGCAUGCAGAAACAAUCAACAAAAGAAUCUAAAAAUUGAUGGCUUUUGCUUAUAGACGAGUUCACUACAAAGUUCUUUUAAAUACACGCAAAUCUCUACUUUUGUAUCUAAUGUAUUACUGAAAAAGUUAAAUGUACUGAAAAAGAAAACAACCAAAAACAGACUUUUGGUUCAUUGAAAGGCCUUUAUAUCCAAUAAAUUAUACAAAUAUAGAGGCAAUAUAUUAUAAAAUCCAUGAUUACACUCCUUUUCUAAAACCCACUAAUAUCAAUAUAUUUCCAGCAUUUCAAGGAAUCUUUUCUUCCGUUUUUCUUCACAGUGAACUUCUGAUUGAGCACAAUUAAUUAUUUGCAUCUUUGUCUCAUUUGUAUUAAAUGUGUGAAAGCCUGUUUCUUAUCACUAGUUAUCUGUACUUCAUUUUCCCAUUUUCUAAUCAUUUUUUCUUAAACAGGAGAAAUGGAGUAAAAUAUUCAAAUAAUUUGCAAAUACAUGUUGGCUGUUCAAGAUGGUACUACUGAUAGAACUGGCCUAGUUGUUGGCUGGUAGACAGCAUCACUACCUGUGUACAGGGCAAAGAAUAAUUUUUUUAGCAGAUGUUUGAAAGCCUAAACUUGAUUUUAUGACAGAUCAUUUGGAUGUACCAAUAUCUAAUGUAUAAAAGUGAAAGUUAUGUAAAAGUUCAAUGCACUGAAAUCAAGGACUAGCCAUACUGAAAUCACUAAUGCACUUAAAAUAUAAUCCAUAUAAUUUCUCAGGAAUAAAUCUAUUAUGUGAAAUUAUUGACAUCAAAUGCCCAUAGGACGUCUACUGUGUUUCACAUUCUUUUAGUCUCUGGCAUUAGCUCAAAAGUUCUUGGUUGUUCUAAACAUUACCUAGAAAACAACAUAAUUAAGAAUAGCCAAAGAUGGCUUUUCCUCACCUAAAGUCAACCUUAGCAAAAUAUAGCAACCCCUACCUAAACAACUGGUAUUAUUAUUCUGAGUGAUGAAUAAAAAAGUUAAGUUCAAACUGGUAUUCAUUUUUG